ACUAACUUUAUCGAUUGACUUUACUAGUAACUAACCCUGAUGGAGCCCAGUCACAGCAUCGAACUGAGGGGCCUGCCAGACUCAGGGCCGGUAGAUGAGAAUCAGCCGCUCCUGUUACCGGCUGCAGAUGUGACGGACCUCAGCACCUUGACCACACUACCGUCUAACACGAGCGAUCAUGAAGGAAGUCAACAUCACAGAAGAAAUUCAUCCAGAUUCUAUGAAGCCCAGCAGGCUUCAAAUGACAUUCAUCUCAGAUUUGCCAGUAAGAAAAUCCUGGGUCGGUAUAUUCCCGAGAUCGACGAGCAACAUGUACGAUCCAAAACACGCAAGACUGCCGCAUCGAAGCAAUCGACUAUGAUUCGGACCCAGCUCAUCACAGCGGGUGUGAUUUGUUUAGCGAACGUCGUGACGCUGAUAUGUUUCUGGGUGUUCUACCCACCGGACGAACGGGGAAUAGGGACCCUACGCAUUGGCAGCUGUUCUGAGAUAACAGCCAUCGAUAGCGCUGCACACGUGGCUUUGAACGUGCUUUCUUCCCUCUUCCUUAGCGCUGGUAGCUAUUGCAUGCAGAUCCUAGUCUCUCCGUCUCGUCGAGAAAUCGACGAGGCCCAUGCUCGCGGUGUUACUCUCGAUAUAGGCGUACAGAGCAUUCGGAACUUGAGGUGGAUCAACCCGCGCAGACUAUUGCAAUGGGUGGCUUUGGGAUUGCUAUCGAUCUGUUUGCAUUUAUUCUGCCUCUCCAGCUGGAACUCGCUUACCUUCACGUCGACACCCGUUGUUAGUUAUGCGAUGGCAACUGUCACGAGUGACUACAAGGAGAUGGGACGCGACUGGGCCUUGGAUCCUCUUCCGCCAUGGCUGUCCAGCCACGACUGGUCGCUGGUGCACGACCUAUACACCCAGAUGGACAACUUUACGCGGCUGGAGAAGCAAAGUUGUAUCGACGCAUAUAUCGACGGGCUAACCACCAAACGGUCACUGGUCGUCGUUGCUGCCAACAUCACAGCAGCACAGAACUACAACCGGACCCUCCUCGACGGCGGGUUCACCGGAUGGGAUGUUUGGAGCCGUGCUCCCUGGUGGAUCUGCGCAGCGUAUAACCUGCCGGAUUACAAUCGCCUCUGCACAUCGGAAUGGGCCAGCACGUUCGUCGACGAUUGGGCGACACUCGCGUGGUCUCAUCAGGAAGAGGGGAAGCCGGGCUGGCCAUUCUGGGUAAAGGUCGAUUACUGCCUGGUGGGUGCUGAGAGCAGUAUCAAUCGCCGGUGUGGUAUGCAUUACGGGACGCAGAUCUUCGUGGUUGUCUGUGUGUGUACACUCCUCCAAUGCUGCUUGAUAUCGCUCGUCUGGUGGACCUCUCGCACCAAGUCCGGUCGAGGUCGUGCCCAAACAGAGAGAACUGUGGUGUUGAUGGGCGAUGCUAUCGUGGAGUAUCUGGAGAAUCCAAGUGAUCUGUCAAGCUCUCAGGCCGUCUGUGUAUAUCAUCAGGUCUGGCGCCCCCGAGACCGAGUUUCGUGGUUCAACACCGUCCGCCCUAAGGUUUGGGUCAUAUCGCUGACAUUAUUCAUGCUUGGCAUUGCCGCACCACUAGCCGUACUAAUUGACGCUGUCGUCUUCUGGAAAGGUCGAGGCUUGGACAUGAGCAUCCCCGCCAUCGUCAAACUGGGCUUCGGCGUCAAUCAAGGCUUCCUCGGCAUGAAUAGCGAGAUGAGCAAUUACAGCCUGAUAGAGUGCGUCUUCCUCGCCAACAUCGUCCAGCUCCUCGUCAGCUUCCUCUAUCUCUUUUACAACAACAUCCUCACGCAUCAACUCGUCGCCGAUCAAUGGGUGCGGUUCGUCCGGCCGGACGGAAAGAAGGCGCUGCGCGUGUCGACCCCACGAGGCAUGCAGCGCUCCUCGUAUCUCCUAUCCCUUCCCCUGACGUACUCGCUCACUCUGACUAUAGCUAUGAUCCUGCUUCACUGGCUGAUAUCACAGAGUUUGUUUGUGGUGCAGACUAUCGGAUUCGACACCAGCGGUGAGAUGGUGACGUUCCCGCACUUUGCCGGGUCGGCGGUGGGAUACGCUUUGUUGCCCAUCAUCCUGGCGACCCUCUGUGGCGUCGUGAUGGUGACAGGUCUGCUGGUCAACUCCCUGGUACGGAGCCAUCGCGAUGUGCCCCGAGGCUUCCCACGCUGGGGUUCGAGCAGUGCUCACAUUGAAGCUUUGUGCUCUGGAAGGCCGGCUCAUGACGCCGAUGCGCAUCUGUUCCCUGUUAGUAUGGGUGUUGUCGUGUCAGGAAACAGCACCGCCACUGGCCAUCAACCUCGGCUGACGUUUUCGACGGAUGUCACCCUGCGUCCGCCUGAACGGAACGAAAUGUUUCUGAUGCCUGCUAGCAUAAAUAGAUUAAAGGCUAGGGGAGGCGGGAGGCGGCGGUUUGGUCGGAUAUGGGGUUUCUUCUGGUGAUAUACCGCUAACAAGUCUAUAUAUAUACUAGUAUAGAUAAGUUUGUCUACUGUAAUGAGGGGCAAGAAUGUUGCUGCUGAUAAAUUAUAAACUAGAUAAUAGAGUAGAAACCUUGUGUUAUACUUAGUAGACUACAGCAAGAUACCAGCAUGAAUCCCGGAGUAUAUAGGACAUGGUUUUAAGCAAGAGGAAUAGAGAUUAAGCUUGAUCUUAGUGCUUUUAGUAUUUAACUGUAUAGAUGUAGUGGAGUAGCCGCAACAUUAUACUGAAAUGCUACAGGCAGCUAAGCCCGGCUGCGAGACAAUAGAACUGGCCCAGGGCAAAGCUGGGCAAUU